AUGGCGCUCUGCACAUCUAUCUCAACCUUUUCAGGUGAUACUUUUAAAAGCAUCCAGUUUUCCCCCGCCUCUCCAAGGACUCAUGUAAGAGGAGAGACUCUGAGGGAGAGCCUACUUUCUGCUACAUUAGUGGCAAAGAAUGUGCCAACUAUCCCUUCAAAGCAUGACUGUCCAAAGGAGUCGCCACUGCUCAAGGGAGCCGUCCAGCUGACCUUCGAGCCGUCUUUGACACUAAAGGAAGUAGAAAGUGAAAACAAAGCGGUGGUGGAGGGCACCUUUGAGCCUAAAGAAUGUAACUCCAGACAGAGCGUGGCCAUCCUCAUCCCACACAGACACCGAGAGAGACAUCUGCUCUACCUCUUGCACCACCUCCACCCCUUUCUACAGCGACAGCAGCUCCACUACGCCAUCUACAUCAUCCAGCAGGCUGGAGAUGCAACUUUUAAUCGAGCUAAGUUGCUAAAUGUGGGCUAUUUGGAGGCUUUGAAGGACCACAGCUGGGACUGCUUCAUUUUUCAUGAUGUGGAUCUUGUGCCUGAAAACGAUCAUAAUUUAUAUUUGUGUGACAAGCAGCCUAAACACUUGGUGGUUGGUCGUAAUGCUACAGGAUACAAGUUGCGUUAUAAAGGAUAUUUUGGAGGUGUCACAGCCCUGACUAAAGACCAGUUUUUCCAAGUCAAUGGGUUUUCAAACACUUACUGGGGUUGGGGUGGAGAGGAUGAUGAUCUUCGUAUUAGGGUGGAGCUUCAGCAAAUGAAAAUUUUGCGGCCUCCUGCAAAUGUAGCUCGCUACACUAUGGUUUUCCACAAGCGGGACAGUGGAAAUGAAAUCAAUAAAGACAGGAUGAGGCUGUUGGGCCGAACACCGCGUGUUUGGAAGAAGGACGGUCUGAACAGCUGCUCCUAUAAGACUGUGUCUGUGGAGAGGACGCCUCUUUACGUGAAUGUGACUGUGGACAUUGGGACGCCCAGCUGA